AUGUUUAGAUCUUCAUUACCAACUAUGUUUAAUCGUUCAGCAAUUGCAUCAACAAGAUCAAUUCGUUUCUUAUCCAACAGCAAUAAACCCACAGUGUCAGCUACCAAUUUCUUUAUUCCAAGAUUGCAAACAUCAACAACUAGAUCAAAUGCCAUCUUAGCCGCUGUAAAACAACAACGCAACAGCUACAACAGUUCCAAAUCCAAUUCGUCAAAUAUUUUUAAAUUAUUUUUUGCUAGUGCUGGUGCUUCAUUUCUACUCACUACAUCAUUUGCUAAAUCAAUUUACAAUGAUGUUGCCGUUGCCACUCCAAGACAACAAGUUGCAUCAAACGUGUCUGUCCAACCAGUCACCAAAACCCCAACAAAGACCAGAUUUGGUGAUUAUUUAAACUAUGAAGAAUUGACUAUUGGAUCAGUUACUGGGUUGUUUUUGGGAAUCAUUUUGGGUAAAUUAUCUCAAGUAUUUGUAUUUAUUUCGUUAAGUUCUUUCUUACUUGUUGAAUUUUUACAAAGUAGAAACAUUAUCAAUGUUCCAUGGAAUUAUAUCUUGACUGUUGGUAAGCAAAAGAUUAAUUUAAAACAAUUGGUUUUCGAAAAACCAAGUUUCAAGAUUUCAUUUGUAUUGAGUUUGAUUAUUGCUGCUUAUAAUGUAUAG